UACCUUUUUGUGCGUUCGCUAACUAUAAGAAAGUAGUUACUGAAUAAUAAUGAAUGCUGAUAUGCAAUAAAAUGCCUGCAACUGUCUUAUGUCACAGAUGAUAAAGACACGUUUAGCUUAACUUAUUAUUGCUUCUAGUAAUGCAGCUAUAAAUACGUAUGCCUAAUGUCCCUAUUCCGAAAACGCGAGAAGCCGGGUCUAUUUUAAUGAAUUAGCAAGUCCGGAGUAGCAGUACGUCCCGUUGACCCCAUGUUCGCGUAGACGCCGGCAAGUCGUCGUCCUGGCGAGAGUAGCGUCGCUCGCGACGCUUCAAACAGCUCGAUUUCGUGAAAUCGCGCCGAUCGUCGUACCGCUCUAACGUGAUCUCGCAAUUCCGCAUCAGACGUGUCGUUCGUUAACCUUUUCGCGCGUUUUAUAAUCCAGGUCCACGUGCGCCGUCGAUCACGAUGUCAAACGUACGAGCAUUGAUGCUCCCAGUCUUGGCUGCGGUAGGAACAAUAGUUGUUAUAGGAGUAGCAUUUAAAAUAUAUAAAUCCUGGAGUGAAAAGAAGAAAAAAUCUGCACCUAUACUGCUGGUUGAUCCAGUAGUCAAAUAUAGCCUGCCUCUAGUUCAAAAAGACAUAAUAAGCCAUGACACAAGAAAGUUCAGAUUUGGAUUACCAACGCCAGAUCAUGUUCUGGGUCUGCCCAUCGGUCAGCACGUGCAUUUAACAGCAAAAAUUGGAGAAGAGGUUGUAAUACGUUCUUAUACACCGGUUUCAAGUGACGACGAUCGAGGCUAUGUAGAUCUUGUGAUCAAGGUGUACUUCAAGAAUGUGCAUCCAAAAUUCCCUGAAGGAGGAAAAUUGUCUCAAUACUUGGAAGAAAUGAAAAUAGGGGACACUAUUGACUUCAGAGGUCCAUCUGGUAGACUGGUUUACAAAGGAAAUGGAAAAGUCGCUAUAAAACUCCUUAGAAAGGAACCACCUGUGGAAUAUAACGUUAAAAAGAUUGUCAUGCUCGCUGGUGGCACUGGUAUCACGCCGAUGUUGCAGCUUAUUCGCGCGAUAAUAAAGGAUCCCACUGAUGAAACUCAAACCUCUUUGCUAUUUGCCAAUCAAACGGAGAAAGACAUUUUACUGCGAGACGAAUUGGACGAUAUCGCCGAAAAAUAUCCGAACAAAUUGAAACUUUGGUAUACACUAGAUACAAGUAGUGAAGGUUGGCCGUAUAGUACAGGAUAUAUUAGUACUAAUAUGAUAAAGGAUCGUAUGUACCCACCAUCGUCAGAUACCAUUGUAUUGAUGUGCGGUCCACCGCCUAUGAUCAAUUUUGCUUGCUCUCCGAAUCUCGAUAAACUCGGCUACGAUCCUAAAUUGCGAUUUGCAUAUUAAUUUCUCGUUAAGAUCGUAGAUAGUUCGUGCAUCGCCGGAGUUUAUAUGCUUUUAGUACUUCAGUGAAAUUAAAGAUGAGCUUUUGAUGACUAAACGUAUAAUCGAUUUCACACAUUAAAGCAGGAUUUCGAAUAACAUGGUAGCAGUCAGAUUUAUCUAUGCAAAACUUUUUAUCAAAACUCGACCAUAAAGACAUAUACAGUAUUGAUUACCGAUUGUAAACUUAAGAAUUGAUGUAAUGCAGUUACAUGUAUAUAUUUAUUUACAUGAAUUCAAAAAUGUUUAUAGGACAAAGGCUAAGCUUUCCCUCUUUUCUUUUUUUAUUCUUGAAAUAUAGAUCGUGAUUCGCAAAUAGCAAGAUUCAUAGUGGGAUCAAUCUUAAAAAAGAUGGUUAAAAAUAAAUUUACGAAAUGAAUAUGUCUAUUUAUGUGAAAAAUAUACUUUAUUAAAUCCUUUAUCUAUAUACUGUUGUAUAGUUAGCCUGUGUAUAUAAAAAAUGGAUGAAUAAAGUAUAUUGCUAGGGAUAUUCAUGUACAAUAUUGUAUUUCAAAGCAUUUAUUGUUAUUGAAACUAAUAUGUUGUUAUAAAAAAUUCUGAAUACGUACAAUGUGCUACUUAUUUUGUAAUACCUUAUUUGCGAGAAAUCGUAAUAGAAUACAAUCCAUACAUGUAUGACGUAAUGUUUAAAAAAUGUGAUAGAAUAUAUUCUGUAAUUUCUUUAA